UACCGUCUUAACUUUUUUUAUAAACAUCGGAAAAUGUAAAUAAAAUAUUUAAACAAUACCAAACAUUGCGGCGGAAAAGGAAAAGCGCGCUUAUCGUUAACAAUUCUCAACGGUGUGUUUGGGUCGUAUGCAACCACAUUUGUGGAAUAUUAAAUGGUUUUCUUGCUGCUAGCUCUGCUGCUCUGCUCCCGUGUCGGACAUUAAUGACACACGACAAGCAACGCUAAAGAAAACGGGAAAAACAAUACCCACUGUGUGUCCGUGUGAAUGUGUGUGUGUGCAGUGAAGUGCUGUUGUGAGUGCUUAAGGAAAACUUCAAGAAAUCCACGAAGAAGAAGGCUGCAGCAGUGCAACGCAACGAAAGCGACAGAUUGCAAGCGGCAUACAGGGUGUUACCGAAGACAUACCUGCAGUGCACUGUUUUCGGGCAUCAGAACAGCUGUGCAUAAGCUGAAGCUGUAGAAGACAACGUCGAGGAGGAGGAGGAAGAAGCCGUAGCGAAAAGAGAAGGAAGACGGGAAAGGAAAGGAACCACCACCACCCACACAAGGCAUGUCCAGCGAGGAAGAUAAACCACCGGCGCCGCCCGUGCGGCUCACCAGCAAUCGCGGUGGCGCUGGCAUUGAGCGUGUACCCCUCAUGGGCGGAGGCGGUGCCGGCGGCUGUGGUGAUGCGCCGCCUGUUGAUAUGCGACCAUUGCCCAAGGAGCCCGACGAUGCCGACCGAAAGAAGAAGACGCUGAAGAACAAGAUCAAAGGCUCGAAACCCUCGCACACUGACUCCAAGCCGAACAUCUCGUAUCCGACGAAUUUCGAGCAUACGGUGCAUGUGGGUUUCGAUCCCGUAACCGGAGAAUUUACGGGUAUGCCCGAGGCAUGGGCGCGUCUGCUGAUGAACUCGAACAUCAGCAAACAGGAGCAGAAGAAGAAUCCCCAGGCGGUGCUCGAUGUGCUCAAAUGGUUUGACAACACAACCAAACAGAGGCCAAGUUCCAAAUACAUGACAAAUGCCAUAACGACGCAUUCAGGCUCUUCACUAAGUCGCGUGAGCAGCAGCAGUCCCAGCAGCACGCCCACAGACUCGGAACUGCAUGGCUCCAACAGUGGCGGCAAUCUGAUUGGCGUCCAGCUGGGCAGCAUGACACUGGGACCCAAUGCCAACAAUGUGGCCGUGGCAGGACAAAUGCUGAGCAAUCACUACCAACAGCAGCAGCAGCAUAUUAUCCAGCAUCAGAAUCAACAAUUGCACCAGCAUAACCAGCAUCAACAGCAUCAGCAGCAUCAGCAUCACAUUGGCAUCAGUCAAUCGCAUUCAUACAAUUUUGGCGGCCACACGGCCUCCUCAUCCACAUCGCAACAUUCAUCUGCCAAUGAGGACGACAUGCUCGGGUCACCGCAUCAGCAGCAGCUGCAACAGGCCGCGCACCAGCCGCCACCUCCGCCAGUGGCAUCGCGACCCGAGCGCACGAAAUCCAUUUACACGCGACCCAUUGAGGAACUGCAGCCAGCGCCAUCGCCGUCGCCCAUCAUAAUGCCAGCAGCACCGGCCACAACGCCCACAACACCACUGCAGAACCAUAAGGUGAUGACGGCACCAUCGCCGCUGCAUCAUAAUAAUGUGACGACGACGCUGGACAAGAAUAAGAACAAUGCAAACCUGUACAACGAUCCCUCAGUGGCGAUUGGGAACAAUCUGAAUGCAACUGCAGUGGCAGCAGCAGGAGCUCCUCCGACAGCGGCAGCUGGCAAUCAGAUCGCCGUCCCACAGGCAGCAGCGGCAGUCACGCCCAACACGCGUGCGGCCAAUGCCAAAAAGAAGAAGAUGUCCGAUGAGGAAAUCCUGGAGAAACUGCGCACCAUAGUCUCCGUUGGGGAUCCCAAUCGCAAGUACACGAAAAUGGAGAAGAUCGGCCAGGGCGCCUCGGGCACCGUGUACACGGCCAUCGAAUCCUCGACGGGUAUGGAGGUGGCCAUCAAACAGAUGAACCUCUCGCAGCAACCGAAGAAGGAGCUGAUUAUCAAUGAGAUUCUGGUGAUGCGAGAGAACAAGCAUCCGAAUGUCGUGAACUAUUUGGACAGCUAUCUGGUGUCCGAAGAGCUGUGGGUAGUGAUGGAGUAUCUGCCGGGUGGUUCGCUCACGGAUGUCGUCACUGAGACCUGCAUGGACGAGGGACAGAUUGCGGCCGUGUGUCGGGAGGUGCUGCAAGCCCUGGAGUUCUUGCAUGCCAAUCAGGUGAUCCAUCGUGACAUCAAAAGUGAUAAUAUAUUGCUUGGCCUGGAUGGUUCGGUCAAGUUGACUGAUUUCGGUUUCUGUGCGCAAAUCUCGCCGGAGCAAUCCAAACGCACAACGAUGGUGGGUACGCCGUACUGGAUGGCGCCCGAGGUGGUCACGCGGAAGCAGUAUGGUCCCAAGGUUGAUUUAUGGUCUUUGGGUAUCAUGGCCAUUGAAAUGGUUGAGGGCGAACCGCCAUAUUUGAAUGAGAAUCCGCUGAAAGCCUUGUACCUCAUUGCCACCAAUGGCAAGCCAGAGAUUAAAGAAAAAGACAAGCUGUCCGCAGCAUUUCAAGAUUUUCUCGAUCAGUGUCUGGAAGUGGAAGUGGAGCGCAGAGCCAGUGCAAUGGAUUUGCUAAAGCAUCCCUUCCUGAAGCUGGCACGUCCAUUGGCCAGUCUGACGCCUUUGAUUAUGGCCGCCAAAGAGGCCACUAAGGGCAACUGAUUGUCAACGAAGAAGAAAAAGCUUAUUUAACCAUUACUAAUGAAUUACUAUUGCAAAAAGCAGCAAGAAAUUCUUCAGCAACAACAACCACAAUAGCAAGAACAAGAACAAUAGCAAUAGCAACAGUAACUGAAAAUCGCAGAUGAUGAUGGAUUAUAAUCCAUCCAAUAAUUAUUAAUGAUGAUUAUGAUGGAUUAACGAUUAUGAUUAUUAUGAUUACUAUUAUUAAUUAUUUAUAUAAACGUAUUAUAUACAUACAUAUAUUAUAUUCUAUUAUAUUAUAUAUUCUACUCGUAACAAACAAAACGCUAAGAGAAACUGCAACAGAGGAGAGCAAGUGGCGAAGAGGAGACAGACACACGCGUAGUUCAAUUUACACAACAAUUUGGUUUCCAGAAUGAACACACCCACACACACAAACAAAACCCAACCCCGACCUUACUUUUGGCCCACACAUCAUCGAAAAAAACCUUACAAACCUUUGUUAUAUACCAAAACUUAAAUUUACAUUACAUUUGUAUUUUGUAUAGAAGAAACGAAAAAGUUGCAUCAAGCAUUUUGAAUGCUCUUGAAAUUUGUACACUUAAAAGAUCAUUUAAUCAUUUAAGAAAGAACAAAAAAAAAAACAAUAAAUAUUUACUUUAUAGUUGUCCAGAUUUACAUUAUUAAACAUUACAAUUGGUAACUUUUGCAUUUAAAAAAAAAAUGAAAAACAAAACAAAAAUUAUAUAUAUAUUACAUACGAUAUAUGUACCAUGUAUAAAGCGCUACUUUUGAUUUUUUUAAAUUUAUUUCUCCAUUCAAUUUCUAUAAGAAAGCGUAAGAGAGGACGAAGAACUGCUUUGGAAUGCUGUAACUAACUAAUCUAAUGACUUGGAGUAUUAUUGCUGAUUUUAGUUUAGUUUCUUAAAUGCUUUAUGUAAUAAAUAUAUACACAUAUA